AUGAAGCUUCUCGCGGGCUUGCUGCUGGCCACCUGCGCCCUGGCGCUGGCGUCCAUGGCCGAGGCCAGCACCGGGCCGGAUUACUUCAAGUGCUAUCAGCUGCCGCACUGCCACGCGCAGAACGGCCUGAAAGACUGCGGCUGGUGCUACAACCACAACCACCCCAACAAGGGCUACGGCAUCCCCUGCGAGAGAGUUUCCGACGGGGAGUGCCGGCCCGUGAUGAGCUGCGACGGCGAGUACCUCUGGCAGGACAGCAAGAUGGACACCUACGGCGACAAGUGCAACAGGCGGGCGGUGAUCAACAACGACAGAUGCAGGAACCUUAGGUACUGCUGGGACCAAGUGGGCAUCGACGAGUGCGGCUGGUGCCACGUGAGGGACCACCCCGACGGCGGCUGGGGCAUCCCGUGCGAAAGGAGGGGUUUUACAGGGAGAUGUGAGCCGGUGGCCCACUGCCCCGGGGAGUACCUCUGGAGGGACUCAGAUUUGGGCAUGUACGGAGACAAGUGCAGCCAUAAGUGCUGGAACAUUCGCUCGUGCCGCGCCCAGAGGGGCAUCGAUGGUUGCGGCUGGUGCCACUCAGGGGGCCGGGGGGAGGGCAUCCCCUGCAGCAUGUCCGGCGGGGACUGCAGGCCCGUGAAGGAGUGCCGCGGGGACUACGCGUGGCGGGACAGCGAGCUGGACAAGUACCCGUGGUGCACCUGA